AUGGACGAAGCUCUAAUUGCCACGAUCAACAAACUACAGGAUGCAUUGGCUCCAUUAGGCGGAGGGUCCCAGUCCCCAAUCGAUCUUCCUCAGAUUACGGUUGUUGGAACGCAAUCUUCAGGAAAGUCCUCUGUUCUGGAGAAUAUUGUAGGCCGGGAUUUUUUACCUCGCGGUACUGGAAUUGUUACACGGAGACCUUUGGUUUUGCAACUGAUCAAUAAAAGAGCCAAAAAGGCGACCAAUGAUGAUUUGUUGGAAUUGCAAAACGAAGACUCGAAUGGGGGGCAAUCGGAAGACAACGUCAACGAGUGGGGUGAGUUUCUACACGUACCAGGCAAAAAGUACUACAAUUUCGACGAAAUUAGACAAGAAAUUGUUGCAGAAACAGACAAGACGACAGGUAAAAAUGCAGGUAUAUCUUCGGUUCCUAUUAACCUAAGAAUUUAUUCCCCACAUGUGCUUACUUUGACAUUGGUGGACUUGCCUGGCUUGACAAAGGUGCCAGUUGGAGAUCAACCGGUUGACAUUGAGAAACAGAUCAAGGAUAUGCUAUUGAAGUACAUUUCGAAGCCAAACGCCAUUAUCUUGUCCGUGAACGCUGCGAACACAGAUUUGGCCAACAGUGAUGGGCUGAAGCUUGCGAGAGAAGUUGAUCCCGAAGGAACGAGGACAAUCGGUGUUCUCACGAAAGUUGAUUUGAUGGACCAAGGUACGGAUGUCAUCGAUAUUCUGGCUGGUCGGGUGAUCCCUCUGAGGUAUGGAUACAUUCCUGUUAUCAACCGUGGUCAAAAGGACAUCGAGGGAAAGAAGACGAUUAGAUCAGCGCUCGAAGAUGAACGUAGAUUUUUCGAGAAUCACCCAUCUUACAGCUCGAAAGCGCAUUAUUGCGGCACUCCCUACUUGGCGAAAAAGUUGAACUCCAUUUUAUUACAUCAUAUCAGACAAACUUUGCCUGACAUCAAGAACAAGAUAGAGAUGACUUUAAAAAAAUACCAGGCGGAACUUGUAAAUCUGGGCCCUGAAACAAUGGAUUCACCAAACUCCAUUGUCCUGAGCAUGAUUACUGACUUCACUAAAGAGUAUAGUGGAAUUUUAGAUGGUGAAGCAAAAGAGCUUUCGAGCCAAGAACUUUCCGGAGGCGCUCGUAUCUCUUUCGUUUUUCACGAAAUCUAUAAGAACGGUGUCAGGGCAUUAGACCCGUUCGACCAGAUAAAAGAUUCUGACAUUAGAACUAUAAUGUACAAUAGUUCCGGUUCUGCGCCUUCUUUAUUUGUAGGUACGGAAGCUUUUGAGGUUUUGGUAAAGCAGCAGAUAAAUCGCUUUGAAGAACCUAGUUUGAGACUAGUAAGCCUUGUUUUUGAUGAACUGGUCCGAAUUCUCAAGCAAAUUAUUUCUCAACCAAAAUAUGGCAGGUAUCCUGGUCUAAGAGAAGCAAUGUCAAACUACUUUGUCCAGUUUCUGAAAGAAUCGAUAAUUCCUACCAAUUCGUUCGUUUCUGAUAUUAUAAGUGCAGAGCAAACUUACAUCAACACCGCUCAUCCAGAUCUUUUGAAGGGAUCUCAAGCCAUGGCGAUGAUAGAAGAAAAACUUCAUCCGAGACAGGUUGCCGUAGACCCCAAGACCGGCAAACCAUUACCCAAUCAGCCUGCUCCUCAACCCGCUACCCAGUCUGAAGAUAAAUCGGGUUUCUUUGGAGGAUUUUUUUCGUCCAAGAAUAAAAAGAAACUAGCUGCAUUGGAAUCACCUCCUCCGGUUUUGAAGGCGACGGGUCAAAUGACUGAGAGAGAGACAAUGGAAACUGAAGUCAUUAAGCUGUUGAUUGAAAGUUAUUUCAACAUCGUCAAACGCACAGUCGCAGAUGUUAUUCCUAAGGCAGUCAUGUUAAAAUUGAUUGUGAAAAGUAAGAAUGACAUUCAAAAGAUUUUACUCGAGAAGCUGUACGGUAAUCAAGAUCUAGGAGAUCUGACCAAAGAAAAUGACAUAACAAUUCAGAGGCGUAAAGAAUGUCAGAAGAUGACCGAAAUCUUGCGGAACGCUAGCGAGAUUGUCUCGUCUGUUUGA